CAGCAAGGCUAUAAAGCAGCCACAGGGAAUCGUUCUCUGCUCCUGCAGUGAGUGGCUGGAGAGAAGUUCCUCCGAGGAAGUGCUCAGGGUGUGCCUAGGAUGUCUGCUCACAGCCGAUCCCGUAGCCAAACAGAGACUCUCCUGCCUGGCUCACCAACUGACAUGUGGAAUCAAGGCUCCACAACCAGCAAGGCUGUAAAGUAGAGGUGACUUUUUUUGCAAGGGCCUGACUUUUUUCAACCAGUUUGUAUUGACUGCCAAGAAUUUUCAUGUUGACUCUUGGAAACCUGCUGCAGAGUCUUCCCUGUUUACUAUUCAGUCCUGUUUUCUUCUUCCUUUAGCAGAGCAUCCUGAGAAAACACUCGGAAUGUGAUACAUACUUGAGAGGUCAUAGUACUGGACCUGCUGAUCUGGUGAAAUGAAGAUUUAAAGUUUCUUUUUUGAACAGCAAACGGAGGGAACUGCUCGCACUGCUGCUGCUGCCGCUGCUCCAGCUGCGUGUGUAUGUGUGUAAACAGGAUGGUGUAUCUGUAGCUGCCACACGCAAACACACAUUUGACCAUGAGGACUCUUCGCAGGUUGAAGUUCAUGAGUUCGCCCAGCCUCAGUGAUCUGGGCAAGAGAGAGCAGGCAGCCUUGGAUGAGCGGGGGACACAGCAGCGCCGGGCCUGCUCCAACGCUACCUGGAACAGUAUCCACAAUGGAGUGAUAGCAGUAUUCCAGCGUAAGGGUCUCCCAGACCAUGAACUUUACAACCUCAAUGAAGGAGUCAGGCAGUUACUGAAAACAGAACUGGGAUCAUUUUUCACUGAGUAUCUGCAGAAUCAGCUGCUCACAAAAGGCAUGGUGAUCCUAAGGGACAAGAUUCGUUUUUAUGAAGGGCAGAAACUACUGGAUACCUUAGCUGAAACCUGGGAUUUUUUCUUCAGUGAUGUCCUGCCCAUGCUGCAGGCUAUUUUCUAUCCUGUGCAGGGAAAGGAGCCCUCAGUUCGGCAAUUAGCUCUUCUGCAUUUUAGGAAUAUAAUUACCCUCAAUAUAAAAUUGGAAGAUGCAUUAUCCCGUUCCAGAGCCAGAGUUCCACCAUCUAUUAUUCAGAUGCUGUUAAUACUUCAGGGAGUUCAUGAGUCGAAAGGUGUGACUGAAGAUUAUUUGAAACUGGAAUCCCUGAUCCAGAAGGUUGUUUCUCCUUACUUGGGCACGUAUGGUCUGUAUUCCAGUGAUGGACCCUUCACACACUCUGCCUGUAUCUUGGAGAAGCGGUUCUUCAGACGUUCCAAGUCGGGUGACAUCCUUGCCAAGAACCCUGUGGUGCGAUCAAAGAGCUACAACAAUCCUCUGCUGACGCCAGUGGCCGAGUACGAAACUGAGAGCAUAGCUGCCAACGGAACUGGCAUCCGAAGGCACUCCGUCUCAGAAAUGACCUCCUGCUUGGAGCUCCAGGGGUACUCCAACCUCACCACCAUCAUGGAUAACGGUUCCAAGAGCUCCAUGACAACCAUGAAAAGCUCACUGCCAGGAGACCAGGAGAGGCCCAGCACUGGGUCAGUGCAGUGCUCCAGCAAACUCAGCACAGCUGAGCAACAGAAAGGACUCUUCCACUCAAUUGGCGACCCACACAGGUCUUUUGAGCUUGACAGAGACACUUCCUUACUUCCAGUUCCCUCUUCCAGCCCUGAAAACAUAGUAGAUCAGAUUUUGGAGUCAAUUGACUCAGAUUCUGAAGGCAUUUUCAUUGAUUUUGGCCGAGGCUGUUCCAAUUCAUCAGCAUAUAAUGUGGAUGUGAGCAGACAGAGCAUCAUGUGAAGGAUAUUAGGAGACAAACUGUGGGGUUUAAUAUUAUAUAUGGAAGUUAUUAAGGCAGUGAGUUGGACUAUGGGCAAGCUGUCUAUGCCUGGGCAGAACCUUUGCCAGGUUAUCAUAGCUGUACUGAGCAAAUACAAGUUUAUAGCAGGUGGGAAUCCGCUGAGGUGGAAGCAACUCCAACCACUUUUGCCUAUCCCUGCAGAUGGAUUUCCUAUUUCUUUAUAAACUUAAGGGUUCACAAAUUCACAAGUGUCUGGUCAAAUACUAUUAGUGCUAUUUUUCCUGGACAAACACUGCCAGUGUUUGUUCAGGAAAACACUCAGCAAAUAGCUGUGCUCACUUCUAAUUUUCUGAAGAGAUUUCCUGCAGAUGAUGGGUUGUUCUCUGAACUAUAACACCUCAACCAGAGUAGAAACAUAUCCUUUAACAAACAAACACAUACACACACACACACACACACACACACACACACACAAAAAAAAAAAAAAAGGCUGUGGGCUUUCAUGACACAGAAUACAAUAAUAAAGAAGUCUCUUUUAAUCUUUUUCUUGUACAUCCUGUAUGCACUCCUUUGCCUAAUGGUGAGUUAGAGUUCUUGAAGAAAGGCAAAUAAACAGAAAUAUGCUUCCUGAUG